AUGCGCAUUCCGUAUCGCACUGGUCAGUCUGAGAAGCAGCUGUUCUGGGCUGGUGAAAUUCCAACAUGGCAGUGGCUGUGGUCAGUGUUUCCUGCGUUAACUUGGGAUGGUUACAGCUCUCUCGCAGCCCGGCUUAACCUCCGCGCCCCCAAUUCGUCAUCAGAAGCCGUCCCCAGGAUCGAUGGGACCCUAACCCCCCACGUGAGACCUCGACCUGUCGCUAAAAUAACAGCACGUCAUGAUCAGCAGCAGCAGUGUCUAUGUCUUUGUGUGUUUCUGCUGUUCGCUGACAGCCCCUCCUCACAGAUCUAA